GCCAAAGUCUUCUUUUGCACUGCGAUUCACUUUCUCACUGCGGAUUUCUUCCUCAUUAUUUGUUUUCCUUGAAGUUGAAGCAUUAUGGCAGAUGAGGUGGUUCUGCUAAGUUUCUGGCCAAGCCCAUAUGGGGCGAGGGUGAGAAUUGCACUUGCUGAAAAGGGUAUAAACUAUGAGUACAAAGAAGAGGACUUGAAGAACAAGAGUUCUUUACUCCUACAAAUGAACCCGGUUCACAAGAAAGUCCCGGUUCUUAUCCACAAGGGCAAGCCCAUUUGUGAAUCUCUAAUCGCUGUUCAGUACAUUGACGAGGUUUGGAAUCACACAAAUCCCUUGUUGCCUUCUGAUCCUUACCAAAGAGCACAGGCCAGAUUCUGGGCUGAUUAUGUUGACACCAAGAUCUCCGAGUUGGGAAAGGCGGCGAGAUCAAAAGGAGAAGAAAGAAAAGCUGGCUUUAAGGGAUUAAUAGAAUUUCUUAAAUUAAUGGAGAAAGAGUUGGGAGAGAAGAGCUUUUUUGGAGGAGAGAAUCUUGGUUUUGUGGACAUAGCACUUGUCACAUUCUACCCUUGGUUCAAAGCCUAUGACACUUUUGUCCCCCUAAAGAUAGAUGAUGAGUGCCCCAAGUAUAUUGCGUGGGCAAAGAGGUGUCUCCAAAAAGAAAGUGUUGUCAAUUCUCUUCCUGAUCAACACAUGGUCCAUGAAAUCACAAAAAAGAACCUAGGCAUUGAGUAGGUUCAGGUUCACGUUCCAGACUAAAUCACCAUAUUCUAUCGUUGUUCUUCUAGUGCUCAUGUUUCAGCUUUCCUUUGAAUAAUAUUUCUGUAAUGAAAGACACUUCCAUUGUCCCAAAUUCUUGUUUGGGUAGGAGUGUAUAUGUUUGGAAAGAACUGUUUUUCAUUUCACAUGUAUGGUGAUCUUGUAAGGCUUUGUUUUUUUUUU